ACACUUACCUUAUGGAUUAAAGGUACAAAAUAAAAAAAACCCCUUUCUAAAUCUAAGUUUUGAUGAGUAAACAAGUGCGAGGGAACUAGAAGAUGAAUUUUUUGGGCCAUCCAUUCAGAAGGUGGUUUAGAAACCAAGUCGACAGAUUAUGGCCUAGUUUCUCUCACAUGUUGUACGCAUUUCUGCAUCUGAGAAGUGAGAACGUUGUCUUCCCCACGCACAAAGAUCAAAGUUUCAUCCAGAGUCUUUUGCACAGUCAAAGAGAAAUCAAGAAACAAAUUUGGCAUCGACUGAGUGCUGUUUCCGGGACAACCUUCAUUUCGAUGGCAGACGGCAAAGUCAUUGAUCCUAAGAUAUACCUUGAGGAAUCUUGCAAGCCUAAAUGUGUGAAGUCUUUAAUUGAAUAUGGGGGAUGUGUAAAGAGGAUUGAUGGUGAUGAUACCGGAAGCAAGCAUUGCACUGGACAGUAUUUUGACUACUUGUCCUGUGUUGAUAAAUGCGGAAGUCUUAUCAUUGUUAUCUAAUGCAUCAUUUGGUGGUUGUCCUUUUACAUCAGUUGAGUUCUGGAUUUCGGAAUGCAGGUCGCACCAAAGCUCUUCUCAAAAUUGAAGUAACUGGGAAGUUGUUAAGAGUGCCUUACUUUGUUUCUGGUCCUAUUCGCUCUCAGUGAUGCAGAUAACUAGGUUGUAUCUGAACAACUUAAACAACUUAUCCUCAUUAGGGCUCCUCCCUUUUGAAAAUGGAGCUUUUCUAAUUAAAAUAAGUUAUGUGUU